GGAGGAGGGCAGCCAAGAAAAGGUCAGCUCAGGUCAAUAUCCAGGAGGAUAUAGAAGUGGCGGAGUGAAACCUGACAUUGGAGCCAGCGCUUUGCAGGGAGCAGAACGGGGCAGGACGUGGAAAGCUGGGCUUUGCUAGAGUGAUAUCUAGUUGUAUGUGUUGGGUUGCUUCAAACUCAGAAAUGGUGAUAUUGUAACUAAUAUGCAAAAAUCCAUCACUGACACAUACCUGUUGAAAGAGGCAGAUCAGAACCUGGAUAAGGACAAGAGCCACGAGGAGAGGGAGCUGAACCAGUGCCAGCCUCAAAACAAAGCAACUUUGCAGCUUCAUUUCUUCAAAGCAUGUCUAUUAUUUCCCUCUCUUCUCCCAUUAGAGUCUUCAUUAAGAUAAUUAUUUGGCAUAAUGCACUUCAAAGAGAUUAAAUUACAGAAGUGAAGUGGCAGCUGCAAAUACACAAAGUUCUAUCAGCUUCUGAGAAGCUUGAAACAAAGUAGAUCUGGAUUAUUUUUUGAGCAUCUAUCUAACAAAACCCUGGUAUAUUUAUCUCCCCAGGUUUCUUAAUUCCAUUUUCUUUCAGCUCCCCCUAAAUUUUAACUACUGAAGAUUGAUUCUGGAAAGUUUUUACUUUUAAACACUAAGUUCAGAAUGAAAGAAGCCUUGAUUCGGGUACUUGCAUCAGUUUGAAAUAAUAAUGAUCAGUGUCAGAUGCUGCUAUUCUGCCUAUGCCUCCAGCAUCACAGCUGUCAUAAACCUGUGCCUGAAGCAGAGUGCUGCCAUUGCCAUUUUGCAGGUGGGUCUUCAGGGAUUCAAAAGAGAUUUGUAUUAACAUUUCGCACACAUUACACCAGUUUCUUUGGUUUCAGUGAUGAGAGCGGUGGAAGAGUUUGAGCCUUGGAGGAACAUUGGAGAGUAGGUGAUCAGUGAGCUCUGUCAUGGCAAUGCUGGGGUUGGUUCAUUAGUGAAGAAGCAAUACAUGUGACAUUUUACAACUUUCAGAAAACCAUCCUUUUGGGAAGAGCUUUUAGAGAUCUUGUUUGUUUGUUUGUUUGUUCCACCAAGGAGGAACCAAAUGUACUGAAAUGAGCUCAAGACAUGAGACAGCUGCAGAGAUUCCAGAAGUGACAGGCAGCACCCCACAGUUUUCCUCAUUUUGGUUCUUUCAAACUGAAGAUUGUGUGACGUUUCACUCUGACUCAAUGCUUCACAUUUCGCAACUGUGAAUUUCCAUGUUAGUGCUUUGUAACAAGCCUUCAGCCCACAGGAACAGAAGGAAAGGGGGAAGAAGCAGUGGCAGUCACUCCAGAUGAGUGCUCACAGCCAGGAUGGCCAAUGGCCCAGGGGUCAUAUUUGUAUAUGUUUUCUAGUUAUAGGCUGCUCCAAUCACUGCUCCAAUCACUGCUCUCAAUUACUCCUUCCAGUUGGAAUAGAUGGCAAGUUCUCUUUGUGUUUAGGCCCAAAUGAGCCCACAGCUGCCAAAGGAAAAGCACGAGGUUCACAUUGCAGAAAGGUUGAGUUAGAUGGAAGCCACAGUGGGGUCAGGGAGUAACUUCAGAGAGGGAUAAUGUAUGGCAGCUCUGCUGAAAACACUGCACAGAGCAACCAGGAUGCUGCAGUCAGAGCAGCCAAGCUGUGCUCCUGACUGAGGACAACUAUGUUGACUGAUGAGUGUGGCAGUGCCUUUAGCCUGACAGUGUCAUGAAACAGUACCAUGGAAUAGUGAAUCUACUAAAAAAGUGAGGAAAGAUAGAACAAAGUGCAUCCUGAGGAGAGAUGGGCACGGCAAGGACCUGCCACUGAAUCCCCAGCUCAGGGCUGAUCCAGAGAACAAAGUCCUGGGGCAGGAUGCAGUGAGCCCAAAGGGAAGAAAAGGAAAGGGAAGAAGAGGGUAUUUGCCCUUCACAACUGAUCCAAAGCUGAACAAAAUAUCACAGAAUGGAGUGAAAAACUACAGUGACUGCACCUCAUAAAGCUGACUGGAGCUAAACCCAGGGAAAAGGGGGAAAGUCUUAUUUGUCACAGCACGGCAGAGCUCGGGGACAGAUUGCUGCUUAGGCAGAAGAGCAUGGGGGCUGGGCAGGUGGUUUUUUAUCCACACUGGGCCUGUAGAAUCCGUUCUUGGAAAUGUGCCUUUAAAGCCACAGACUGGAAUCUCUCAACAUUGAAAAUCCCUCACAAUUUGGAGACAGGUGCCUGUGCCUGGGAUUAAUGGUGUGUCUCUGCUCCUAAUUGCAAUGUAAUCUAAUUGAACAGUGAGCUUUUCUCCUUGCCCUUUCCUCCACUCCACAGGUUAGGUAUGAUGAGCACUCUAUCUUUGCAAUCACAGUUGCUCUUUCCAUCUGAAAAUACAUUUUCUGAGAGGCUGCAGAGACAUCAGGAGAGAGCACAGAGCUGACAGCAGAGUCAGGCUGCUGCUGCAUUAACCUGUUCUGGGGGGAAACACAUCUCAGCCUGGGAUAGAUACGAACAGCCCGGCCUGGCCAGCAGAACUCCCAGCACAGCAUGGGUAAGACUUUCCCCAGUGGUGCCCCAGAGUGGCACCGCUGUUUCUUUGAGAUGGGGUGACUGUGGGACAGCUGAUGGGACGAGGUUUAAGACCCCCAGGGAAAGCAUGGCUCUGCCCCAGCUCAAGGGAAAUGUGGAAGGCAUCACCCUGGUCCCAUCCUCUUGAGAUGAGGAAGGAAGACAGGACUCCAGCUGGGCUCCUUCCUCCACCUCCUCCUGUUCAUCCUCCUCCUCCUCUCCUUGGCUCAGCAGUGCACCAGGACCCAACAAGUGUAGGUGGGGAGCAGGCACGUGAGGGGGCCUGGGGGGACUGUGGGGGGUCCCCAGGGCUGGGAAGAAGGUUGCAGGGGUUGGGGUUUUCUGGAUUCUCCCUGCCUCUCCUAGCACUGGUUCAGCAGGGUGGGGAAAGAGGGAGUGGGCUGGGGAAAGGGGGAGUGGAGGGGGAUGUUGCCGGAGAGGUGGGUGGAGAAGAAAGGGGAGGGGGAAAGAGUUGGGAAGGAGGGGAGCUCAUCAGUGCUUGCAGAACCCGUGCAGCACCCAUGGAGAACAGUUCAGCCAGCCCAGGAAACAUGCUGGGCAACCAAACAUUGGGCAGGAUGCCUCAACAGCCCCUGGAGCUCCAGGUGGUCACCAUCCUGCUGGUGCUGCUCAUCUGUGGGGUGGGCAUAGCAGGCAAUGCCAUGGUGGUGCUGGUGGUGCUGCGCACCAAGCACAUGGUGACCCCCACCAACUGCUACCUGGUGAGCCUGGCUGUGGCUGACCUGCUGGUACUGCUGGUGGCUGGGCUGCCCAACAUCUCUGAAGUGGUGGCUUCCUGGGUGUACGGCUACGCUGGAUGCCUCUGCAUCACCUACCUGCAGUACCUGGGCAUCAACAUCUCCUCCUGGUCCAUCACCGCCUUCACAGUGGAGCGCUACAUCGCAAUCUGCCACGCCAUCAGGGCACAGCUCCUGUGCACCGUGGCCCGUGCCAAGUGCAUCAUCUUCUCACUGUGGAUCUUCACCUCCCUCUAUUGCCUCAUGUGGUUCUUCUUAGUGGAUACGUCCCAGGUCACGUUCUCAGAUGGGGAACAGGUCAGCUGUGGCUACCGUGUCUCCAGAAGCCUUUACAUGCCCAUUUAUUUCUUGGAUUUUGCUGUCUUCUAUGUCAUCCCGUUGGGACUUGCAGCUGUCCUCUAUGGCCUCAGUGCCCGCAUUCUAUACAUGAGCCCCCUGUCUGCUGCACCACAGCAUGCCCUGGGCUCAGCACAUCGGGGUGGCUCCCUCCAGCAAUCCUGCCAGGGCAGCAGAGGGACUCUGAGAUCCCGCAAGCAGGUGACCAAGAUGCUGGCCAUCGUGGUGGUCCUCUUUGCCCUUCUAUGGCUGCCAUACCGCAUGCUGGUGGUGGUGAACUCCUUUGUGGACCUCCUGUACCUCAACAUCUGGUUCCUCCUCUUCUGCCAGAUGUGCAUCUACUUGAACAGUGCCAUCAACCCCAUCAUCUACAGCCUGGUGUCGCAGAGAUUCAGAGCUGCCUUCAGGAAGCUCUACAGGUGUGGAUGGAAUAGCAUGGAGGUGCCCACACCACGCAGCAUCCCGGUGCUCUAUAGCAGAGCAAAGGACGGCUCUCAGGGCAGCUCCAAGCACGGCACCCACCAGGAUUACCUGAAUGGUCCCCCUGCACGUGAGAAGAGAAGCAGGGCUGCCACACAGACACCAGGACCCUGACACAAUGCAGGCAGUGGGAGCUGUGCGACUGUGUGCACCACGCUGGGAAAGUGCCAACAGAAAUUGCUUGGGCAUUGAGGCAAGCUUAAGUUAAUACCUCUCCAGGGCAUUUAACAGAAUGGAUUCUUAGAGGCAAAUUAAUUUGCUUUUCCUUAAUGCUAAUUUAUACUUGUGUGUUGAAGCGUUAGGCGCAGGUCAAUGUUCAGCAUCUCUAAAGAAUCUGUAGUUAAAUAUAGCGGUGUAAUGCCAUUCUGUGUUAAGUGCAAGUGCAGCUGCUUGUCAAGUCAGGCCAGAGCAUGGGAAGGAAACACGGGAAGAGAAGGGCAGUCAAGGAAAAACUGCUGCCAGAGCAGGUUUCCUAGAGGGUGAGCUUCCCCUGCCCAAAUGCAGGAGACACCUGAUGUGAGCUGCUCCUCCAGGGAUCUGCUGGAGUUAGUGGGACAAUGAGGCACUUUCUCCUCUCAUUCCAGAUGAACACACUCCUCUGGUGUGUUAUUUUCUUCCACCAACACCAAAGGGACCAGUGUGCCUCUCCAAUGGAGACUCAUGCAUUACACAUGGCUGAAGCUGGGUAUCACAAACCUCACCCUGUGCUGCUGGAAAGAUUACUGUGCCAACCAGCCCAAGGACACUUGCCCCAGACUCACAAGCAACUCUCUGGACUGGGAGUAAAUUGUAAGAGAUUACACACAAGGCAGAUGCCAACUCUCCUGCCAAGUAAAACAAGAGGCAGCCACUGGUAACCCUAAAGUGACUGCACACCAUUCUUCAAGCAGCCAGUUCAGCCUCAGCAUCCACCACUGCCUGCUUCACAGCAAACCAGAGCAUUUAAUCAGAUCCUUACCUCUGCUUUGGAAAAGGUCUGUGAGAUACUUCAAAGCAGACACGAUUAAAAAAUCUCUCAUUAUGUCUAUGGAAAAUAACUGGGAAACAGACCUCACUCCAUGCAGGGAAGGGUUCAGGAUCUAUUUCAUUUCCGUGUGGGGUGGCUUUGCAUGUGUGAUUAUUAUAUUGUGAGUUAUUAAAUCAUGUAUUAUGGCCCAAAAUAACUUGAGGAUGAAGAAAGAAAGCGCUCGUUUUGCAGAUAAUUAGGAAACUGUUUAUGUGGAAAUGGAGGUUUCAUAUCGUAUUAUUUUGGUCUAUUUCUGAAUAUCAGAUCUUCAGGAGCGAAGUUCCUCAUCAUUCAUAAGGAAACUGCACAGAAAUUAGAGUUGCUUCAUGAAGAGAAAGGAAAUCCCUUUGCUGCAGUGCAAGAAGAACACUUAGCACAAGGAACGAGAAGCAAGCGAUUUGCUGCUAACGGUCUUUUCUAUUGCAGAGAUGUCUUUUCCUUAGUGCCGUAAUUUGCUACCAGCUUGCAAGCACUGUGGGGCCAGAGAGGAGAAGCGGGCUGGGGAUGUGUGCUCUGUGCAGAGCAGCAGGAAAGCCAGCUCGUCCUACAGCCACUUGGGGUGAGAAUUCAGUGCCUGAGCUGCAGAGCCCUCCUGUGAGCCAAGUUCAGGGCACUGCUCGGCUUGGGGUGGGAUGUUGGCAGCCCAGGCCUCUGCCAGCUCAGCCCAUCUCUGCAAACUCAUUUCUGUCUCUCCAUCACAUUACCAGGCUCUGAAAUUUUUGUUCAGCAGACUUAAGACUCAAGUAAAACUCUCUUCUCUUUUCCCUUUUCUGUCCUUAUCUGCCCAUGUACUGUGUGACCUCGUUGCUAUUUCUUGAGACAUAAUUGGCAGUUAAAUUCCCCCGGCACAACGAGACCUCUAGUAAAUGCACUGCAGUGUUAAAUUCUGCAGAUGAGCGAAGAGCUCCUGAUCCUUCUUCUUGCACAUACACUGACACAUUGGGACAGUUGGAGAGGGCUUUAGGUGGAGCAGUGUUCCAUGUUUCAGGUGAAGAACAGUGUUCAGCUUGCCAAGGAGAUGAUGGUGGAAGAGGAAAUAAGUCAUCAGUGGGAAGGACUGACAAGAAAUAUCUUUGAUGCUGCAGCUGAUGGCUCCUGGGGGUGCUUUGGCUGGAUGGAGGCUGAAGUCUCACCCCAGCCCUCCUCAUACAGAGCUGAAGGCCAGGAGGAGAUGCUCCUGCUCCCUGCAUAGAUGGAUGGUGAAGUAUGACUGUGCUGUCCCUGGGCUGGACAGGUCACCCCAAAGGACAGCGAGGCUCAGAUUGCAUCUUCCACCUCCCACCAGUGCUGCCCUUUGGUCACAGGAUCAGUGCCUCUGUCCCUAUUCUCACAUGUCGGGCUCCUCUCUCCUCUCACUCAGCUGGGAGCAGUGCAGGGGAUGUUACCCCAAAACACCAGCCCCUGAGGCAAAGCCCCAAGCACUGUUCCCUCCACCCUGGGGAAGGGGCAUGCUCAUCCUUUUGCCAUUACUAAUAUUUUUGAAGCAAUACAUCAUUGCUCCAGCAGGAGACCCACCUCCCUGGUGCCUCCACACAUGGCCAAAGAUCUGCUCGGUUCAUCAGCCUAAGAUUUAUGAGGUGCAAAGGGCUCUGGUUACCCUGCUGCUCCCUCCCUUCUCCCCCGUGGCUGGGUGAAUGAAUUGCUGCUGGCUCCUCUGAUAUCAGAAGUAAAGAAAGCACAAGGGAGAGCAAAGCCCUCAUUCCACCAAACUCAUCUCCCUAAGUCCUUACCAGAGCAAAGACCUUUCAUCAUGAGUCUCCUUGCACCCCACAGAAGCAGGAGAGAGACCCUAUUGCCUGCAGAGGCUGAGCCUGUGUCUCAGCAGCCCCUCUGCACAGCCCAGCUUUGCUCAUGUGAGACACUCCAGAAAUAGAAAAGGGAUUUAAGGUUUCAGCUAUUCUGCAUUCCUCCAGCCCUGAUGGCUCUGCCUGGCACAGGGCUCUGUUCUCCCACCCUCCCCCUAAAUCACACUUCCCCUCGCUACAUUUCCCCAUCCCUCAUGUCUGGCUUUCCCAUUACUUCAUCCAUUCACUACAAAAUUUGGGGGGCUAAUCUGGAUGUAAGAGCCCAUGACUUCAGGUUUACUAAGAGCAAGUGAGUUUUUGCACCAGCAGGACAGAUUGCUGACAAGCAUUUGCAUCCAUCCAUUUAUGGGCUUAUGGGGUUGAUGCUGCACAGGGUCCCAAGGCCCUCCUGUAAUUGCCUCUUCUCUGUGCACUCAGCAACAGUGCAGCAUUGCUUCUUUCCCCUGUUUGUGUCUUGACCACAUCCACAAGCCUUUAAAUCAGUGCAGGGAAACAGAAGGUGGCAGGUUAGCAAGAAAGAAUUACCCUAUUUCCAAGCACAGAGGCACGGCGCCUGGGGAGCAGGCAGCAAUGCAUCAUCUGGAAGAAAUCUGGCAGCAGCCCCAGGGGAUGGCAGGCAGCACAGGGACCUGUUGAGGGAAUACUGAUGGAGCUCUGACUGCUGCAUGGACACAGCCCAGGUGGCUUGGUGCUGACACACGGCUCCCAGAGCAUCGCUGCAUUUGGGAUGAAGCUUUAAUGGCAGCACAACAGCACUGUCUGCAAUUGGUUUCCUGCACAGUACAAGAGAAGAAAUGUGAGCUGAAUGGCUGGGGAAGUUUGGGGACUGGAGCCUGGCUCACCUCCUCCUCCAUGUCUGGGUCAUCCUUCCCCUCCGAGCUGAGUCACCCUCUAGAGAAAACGCAACCAAUAGGUUAUUUAUGAGACAAGGUCCGAAUUAGCACGUGCCUGUCAUCCAGUGCAAGGCACUCACAAAGAUAAACAUCGAUACAGUGAGCAGAUAACUGUUUAUUAUUGCACGUAAUCCAGCAGAACAACUGACAGAAAACUCCGGACAGCAGUACAUGGAUUGUAGUACACAGCUUGCAAAAUCAGUGAUGAAGGUAUUUUUGUGUGAAGAGUGAAACAUAUCUGCAUCUUCGUAAGACCUGAAAAGUAUAACACGAUAUCCUACUCAGUUUUGAAAGCAUGCAAAUUGAGGUAAAUCUGUUCUUUUGCAUCUAAGAAAACGAAAUCCCCAAGGGGCUAUAUACCUAUGUGUAUAUAUAUCCAUAUCUCAGUGCAAUACGGAUAUAUUUGUACGUCACAUAAAAGCAAAUCUACCUACUGUUCUCAGAAUGUUAAUAGGAGGAAAGCACAUUGUCGUGUGCACAUCACAUGCAUAAAAAACAGGGGCAUGAGCUGGGAGGGGGGGGGGUGGGAUUAUCUUAACAUUGUUGAAAGAAGACCUUUCUUUGUGCUCAGUGAUAAAUAAAAGCCCCUCAGGUCUCUCAAUGGGAAUUGUCUUGGUAGCUGAUAAAAGCAGCUGACAUUGAGAGGAUGAACAAGGAUAAAAUGCCAACGGCAGCAGGGCAUGGGGUUUGCAAUACAUUUAUAUUUCAGAAAAGAAAAAGAAAGAAAAAGAAAAAAAAGAAAAAAAAGAAAGAAAGAAGCAAAUUGCUACUAAACUACGCUCUGUGGAAGUGUAGAUGGUGCUGCACAGCUUUCUCAGGACUGGUACAGCCACAUAGCUUUUAGGAAGGGAUCACAUUCACUUCUCCCACAGUGAACACCACGUACUUGCUACUGUGGCAACAUUCCUGAGCUGAAUAUGGUUAAAAAAUAAACUUGGUUCACAAAGAAAAGUACCAAAUUAUUCUCACUUUCUUAUAACAUUUAGAGUACAGAAAUUAGGCAGGUUUUGUCCUGUGUCUCCAGUCAGUGUAAACUCCUGCCUGUCUGCCAUUUGCCUCUGCCAUCCUUUCAGACUGACCUUUGGAGCAGACUGGCCAUCUGUGUUUUCCCUCGACCAUCUCUUCCACGUUCUUUCCAGUCUCUCAGGUUUUCCCACCCAGUCCUGUGCUGUGAGACUUCAGAAUACACAGAGGUGCACAACCGACUAUAAAUAACAUUUCCGAUUAACUUAAAAAUAGACACAAAAUACAUAUUGCUCUUAAAAGAAGGAAGAAACACGUCCAAGCACUCAGCCUCACACUAAACUGUAACUUCAUCUGUGCCGACUUUCUAAGCUCGCACUGCUAAGGAUCAAAGCAGAUCACAGUGGCAACAUCUCCUUCCAAAGGUCACUCUCUGUCGCAGCUUUGGGAAGAAUUGCUGCAAACUGUCCUGGCCUCUAAGCCUGGCACAAAAGAACAACAGCUCUAUUGCCCCUCUAUGCUCUACCAUUGCUGAAAGGCUGGCUGCUGCGUAGUUUUGCGCCCAAACACACUGGAGUCACUCGGGUCUCUGCACCUUUCUCCUUUCAGGAAUAACUUCACCUCUCCCAUGACAGCCACCCUCCGUGCUCUGCUAGGAAAGGCUGCCUGCCCUAUAUCGGUGAAAAAGCAGCACUGGAGCCCCCUCACAGCUCAACGCUACGAGGAGGAGGAACCUGUGGGUUAUAGAGGGAUAUUUUUCAGUAAGUACCUCCUUUUAAUUGUAACCUGCACCAUUUUCAUAGGAAAAAUAAU